CGUAAUUGACGUUUUUUUUACUGUCAAAGCAAAGUAGUCUUCAAUUAAUUUCAUGAUUCAGUUUCGUUUCAGUGCUUUCAGUCAGUCCAAAACAUGUAGAUACGCGUGAUGUGGCUGCCAACGCAAGGAAAAUACAGUUAAAAAUAAAAGAAAUUGUGAAAUAGUCAUAAAACUUUUGUUUCCACACACCUCACACUCGCGCCAAGGACAUGGAAGACGAGUUAGAGGAUCGAGUUUUGCAUCAAACGUAUCUUUCUUUUAUGAAAAUCGUGACGCGCUUCACGAGCAGUGCUCCGCUUCAUACUCCGGUGAGCUAUUUAUGGAAGAUGGUGCGUCUUUAUUUUUUGCGGUCUGAGGUAGCAGUGAUCACUCUGGGUAUAAUAUUGUUUAUUAUGUAUCUACAAACAAUUGAACAGUGGAGUCGCACGUUAUUAAGUCGACUCUCACAGGCCAUGAGCCCUAUCAGUUCUGUUCAGCGUAUGAAGUUUAUGGAAGGGUCUGAGGCUGAUAAACAAAGCUGGGAACUUAAAGGUUCUCUCAGUGCAGCUUAUGCAAUCAAAGGCAGGAGGAUGCAUAUGGAAGACAGAUUUAUCAUCAAUGAGAACAUCAACAGUACAGGUAUCUCCCUUUUUGCCAUAUUUGAUGGGCAUGGUGGAGAAUUUGCUGCAAACUAUGCAAAAGACCAUCUUAUUCAAAAUCUUUACAACAAAAUAGUAGAAAUAAAUGCUUUCAAGGAGGGAAAAAUCAUUAGCACCCCUACUAAAGAUAAUGCAGAGGAGGAAAAACCGCAAGAACAAGAAAGCAAUUCAAGUGUUGAACGAAAAACUAGCUUUAAGAAAUCAGUGAGCACCGCUGAUGACACAUCUAAAAAGGAAGUAACUGACCCAGAAUUGCUGGCACAGCUCUCAAAGGCCAGACCAAUAAUAACAAGGGAAGUGAGACCAACAAAACCAAUUAAAAAUGUUGCUGUACCAUUGAGCAGUUAUUUAGACAAAGGGAAAAUUAACUUUGGCAAGUUGCUGACAGAUGAGGUGUUGGCUGCGGACAGACUGUUGGUGGAGGCAGCGAAGAGGUCCAUGAAUGUUGCCGGAACCACUGCGUUGCUCGCUAUCAUGGAGGGCAACCUCCUGAUAGUUGCCAAUGUGGGAGACUCUAGGGGUGUCAUGUGCGACUCGAGAGGAAAUGCCAUUCCUGUAUCUUUUGACCAUAAACCUCAACAGGUAAGGGAACAGAAAAGAAUAGAAGCAGCUGGAGGCUAUAUAGCAUUUAAUGGCGUUUGGCGUGUUGCGGGCAUCCUGGCAACUUCUCGGGCAAUGGGAGACUACCCCCUGAAGGACAAAAAGUUUGUUAUUGCGGACCCUGACAUUCUCACAUUCAACCUCAAUGAUCACAAGCCUAUGUUCCUUGUUCUAGCCUCUGAUGGCUUAUGGGACACCUUUUCCAAUGAAGAAGCAGUCAAAUUUAUUAAGGAACGAUUGGAUGAACCUGACUAUGGAGCAAAAAGUCUGACCCUCCAGGCUUACUACAGGGGCUCUGUUGACAACAUAACAGUGCUGAUAAUCAAUUUUCUGGACAACAAAAUUGCGUCUUCUGCCACAGUAACUGGAUCUCAAUAA